AUGGCCAAACAAGAUGUCUACCAUAUUCACCCCUCUGGGUGGGAGGGGGACCCCGAGGAGGAACAAUUUAAGGUAUCGACAUUGGACUACCUGACGGUCUGUACAUACAACAACUAUGCGUUGUUUUUCCGGCUUGAAGAUGUCGAAAAGAGCCGCGUUGUGGAAGUCUUGAUAGCCGGACUUGAACGGACAUUGAGUCAGGCAAGACAUCUUUGCGGCGUAAUCGAGAAGGACCCUGUAGGCGGUCAUUCCUUUGUCAAGAAAAAGGAUAGCACGGUCCGUCUCUUUGUCCAGUGGCUGGAUUCUCCCGAUGUCAGCGAGGACUACCCGUCCUUGGAUGAGAUCCACGAUGGCAAUUACCGCACCUCACUUCUGGGCGACAUCCAGCGCUGGAGUGUACCGCCGAUGACAUAUGGAGAGAAACCAGAGGCUCAUCCGGAUAACAACCCGGUCGUGGCUUCGUACAAGGCCAACUUUAUUCGAGGUGGCCUGGUCUUCAUUAUGCAUAGUCAUCACUAUUCUAACGAUGUUAUGGGAUGGGCCGGUUUCACCCACCAACUCGCCGAGAAUUGCUAUGCGAUUAUCAACGAGACACCAUUCCCAGCCUGGGACCGUACUUGCAUGGACCUUUCUCGUCUGAUCAAGCCCGAAGUGUCCGAGGAAGAGAAGGUAGAUGGCCCACCAGCACCCGCCCGUCAUCCGGGCCAUAUCCCAGCCGAAACGCUACUAUUCCAUCUACCUAAGAGUAAAUCCGCAGAGCUGAAGAUGCUUGCUUCACCGACAGAUGGGUCCUGGGUCUCCACCUACGACGCCUUCUCAGCAUUUAUUUGGCGAACUAUGUCACGUCUGCGAGCCCCGGUUUUCCAACCAGACCUCUCAGCACCGCUCUUUUGGGUUGAGGCCGUUGACAUGCGUCGCCGUUUCCACAGUCCCAAGGUUGCAUCCCGUAUUCAGCACAACGUCAUGGCCGGAGCCCUGUCUUCUACUGCGCCAAUUGACGCGUACCCAUCCAUGUCAAUUCUUCAGACAGAUCACCGCGACGCAGAUAUUACCAGUGCCGACUUUGGAUUUGGUACUCCGACUACGUACCGUCAUUUGCUUGAUUGUAUGACCCAGGGAGUCUUGAUUAUCUACCCACCGCGCGAUAAGGCUCCUGAAUCGGACGAGGGACCAGAGUUCUCUAUCACCUAUGAAAAGAGCUUAAAGCAGGCCUUAAUUGACGACGUGGAAUGGAACCGAUACUUUGAAUACCGGGGUGUGGACGCUGUUGAGGCUUGCCAGACGAAUUGA